UUAAAUUUUUCCAAAUUAAAAAAAGUUGUCAUUUAGAAUUUAUUAUUUUUUCGGUUAAACACUAAUUUUCAAUUAACAUGGAGAAGGCAACGUCGGGAGCAGUGUGUUAAAUAAAUGGUUAGAAAGAACCUUGUGUUUUAAUUAAAUAAUAAAUUGUAGUUUAAUUUUUGGUGAAAAAAUGUUAACGAGCGUCAUGAUGUUGAGACAGUACAGUAUUACAAAAAAUUUAACAGAAGGUAUUUAUAUAAAGUCUCUGAUGAGGAGUUGUUUUUCAACAACCGCUGAAAGUGUCGAAGAUGGUAGUUUAAAAAAUAAAAAAUUAAAUAGUGCUAUGAAAGCUUAUCUAGAACGAUCUGCAGAAUACCAUAAAUUCAUAAAAAAAGAAGAUCAAGAUUAUCAAAUAGGUAAAAGGCACUUAGCAAACAUGAUGGGUGAAAAUCCUGAAACGUUCAAUCAAGAUGCUAUCAACAGAUCAAUUCAGUAUCUAUUUCCAUCUGGUUUAUAUGAACCAAAAGCACGACCAAUAAUGGAAGAAGCUAGUAAAAUUUUUCCACCAAAAAAAACUGCUCAGUUUGAUGAAGAAGGUAGGCCAUUCCAUUCACUCUUCUAUACAUUGAAACCUAAUUUCUACUCUGUGCUCUACGAUAUUGUUGAACAAAUGGAGUAUCUUAAUAAAUUUGAAGAUGAACAGAUAACAAAAGGUAUUUUACCAAAUGAAGGCAAUCGAGCAAAUUUGUUAGGAUCUGACUGGUUGUCCAGAAAAGAAUUUGAAAAACUUUUUUUGGAGCCUGUAAGUGACAGCGACUACGAAGCGUUGGUAGCUUCACUUCAAAGAUUGGAAGGGCAUCCUUGGUCAGAAACGGCUAAAGAUUUCAUCAUGAAGUUCAGGAAAUUAAAACAUAUACAAACAAGAGGAUUAAUAAUUCCACCUUUGGAGUAUGAUGAAAAAGGAAGACCAUUUAUUUUAGUAACACAAUGCAUGCGACACACAUGCCGUGGAACAGUCAAAAUUUUAGGAAAUGGUUCUGGAAAAAUAAAAAUUAACGGCAAGAAUAUCGAUUAUUUCACAAACAUUCAAAGCCGAGAACAAGUUAUAUUUCCAUUAAUUUUUACGGGAAUGGAUAAGGAAGUUGACGUCGAAGCUAAUGUUGAAGGUGGAGGAUUUUCUGGUCAAGCUGGUGCAAUUCGUUGGGGAAUUGCUUGGGGAUUACGAAGCUUUGUAGACAAGGACAUGGUAGAAAAAAUGAGAAUUGCUGGUCUAUUGACUAGGGAUUGGCGAAUAAAAGAACGAAAGAAGCCAGGUCAAGAAGGUGCGAGAAGAAAAUUUACUUGGAAAAAGCGUUAAUUUAUAUUUAAAAAUAAUUUACUUAGCUGUUGAUUGACUUUUAUAAUCUUUGAGUUGAAAUAAAUCACUUUUUCAGAAAUUAAAAA